AUGAUCUCAGGUUUAGGGAAGCGCAGUGGAUGCUCAGCAACGGCUGCAGCUCAAGUGCCGCAAUACGACAUCCAGUUUGGAGGCCUCUUGGUGCGUCUCCUGAGGAAGUUGAGCGCAAAGUGUCACUGCCAGUUCGACGUGUGGGAAGCGGAAGCCGUGGGAGUUGCGGAUGCAGCGUCUGCUGCGGCUGUGGAGGCUGCAGCAGCAGCUCCCGGCUCUGAAGGAGCAGUCCUCACCACAGCAGGAGGGAGAGGGGGAGCUAGCGAGUUGGCAGCGGGGAAAGCGGAGGAGGAGGCAGUGGUGUCGGAUGGGAAGACGUUGGGUGCCUUGCACAUGCAUCUGUUGGGCUUGCACCGCAAGUUUGCCAUCAAGCUGCUGGAGGUGGAUAGGACUGAAGCCAGCAGGCUGAAGUAUAGGACGCACAGCGUUUUGCAGGAGGGGCUGCAGCUGCGAGACUUGUGCGAGCAGCUGUGGAACGCUCGCGCUGCUGCUGCAGCGAGUGGCGGGGGGAGGUUUCUUCUCACGACUCAGCAGAAGCUGCUCUUGCUGCAGCUUCAGCAGGAGCCGUUGCAGCAGCAUCCGGAGCUGCUGCUGCAGCAGCUGGAUCCUCAGAUCCUGCCGCAAAGGGCCUUGCCGGUGCCGCGCUACUUCUGGACGGCUCGGGGAGUAACGACUGAGGGCUGUCGCGUGUUGGGAGUCGGGAUGGAGAGGAUCGAGGGCCGUACUUUGACGCAGGUGUUGCAGCAAAUGCGCAUUCCUUCGCGAGCGUCUUCGGCGCUGCUGAUUCUGGAGAUCUGCAUCAAGUUCGUCCGCAGCCAGAAGGUUCUUGCAUGCGACCUCAAACGGCCUCUGAUAAACUGGGAUACGAAGCCAGGGAACGUGCUCGUGGAGCUGACGCGUUCCGCCACUUCCCUGCACUGUCUCCGGUGCGUCAUCAUCGACUUGGGAGACGCAUUGCCAGGGCCCUCUUUCUUGUUUCCGACGAGGCACCAGCCUGGCAUUUCGCCGUCUUACGUGAUUUGCACGAAGGGCAGCUGCAGUCCGGAGUGCGCAAUCCUCGUGUUUCUGCUUGCCAGCGGCAGCAAGAGCGAGUCUUUUCGGAAGACGUGGUACGGAGAAGUGGAUCUGCAGCGGAUGAUCGCUGCGAAGCGCGAGCGUCUGCAGCACCGCUGGCAGCGCCUUCAGCAGCUCGGAGUCUUGCGACGAAAAGUUCACCUCUCGAGACAGCCGCCAGGCGCAGACGGCCAGAUGAGGCCUCCCCUAGAGAGGGGAUUCUGGGAAGUCGAGUUUACGGAGGGGAGCGUCGUUUUUUCCACGGGAUUGGUUCUCGCGCAGCUCAUGGGUGGACCCAAUCUGAUCCACGUCGUUAACAGGAACGAAGUGCUCGUGCUCGACAUGCUCUGCGAGUGGGGUUUCGAAGGCAGCACCAACCUUUUCAGCCAAAAGCCGAACCUUGGGCCCAACUGUCUCCUGCCGCAGUCAGGCGUGUUCUCGCAAGAGCCGUGGCUGUCGCUCGUGAGGCAGAUGCUCCACAACACCCUCGCCUUCUGCCCUACGGACCGAUGGAGCUUCGCCGCCCUCGAAAGAUUCUUGGUGAGCUUCCACAGAGCCUUCAAGGAGUACUGCAGCGGCGACGAAGUGGCCGCUAACAACACGCUGCAGCUCCUCGCGCAGAGGACGGAGAACAAGGCCCCCCUCACUCUGAAACAGCCGCAAGCUGCGGUGCGCCUCUGA